UCCUCUUUUGAUCAGUCUGAGUUUUUCGCCCUUUUCUCGCAGCAAUGGUAAACCCUAAGGUCUUUUUCGAUAUGACCAUCGGCGGUCAACCGGCUGGCCGGAUUGUCAUGGAGCUUUUCGCCGACACCACCCCCAGGACCGCCGAGAACUUCCGCGCUCUCUGCACCGGCGAGAAGGGAGUCGGUCGCAGCGGCAAGCCGCUUCACUACAAGGGCUCCGCCUUCCACCGGGUGAUCCCCAGCUUCAUGUGCCAGGGAGGUGAUUUCACCGCUGGAAAUGGCACCGGUGGCGAGUCGAUUUACGGUGCCAAGUUCGCUGAUGAGAACUUCAUCAAGAAGCACACCGGUCCUGGUAUCCUCUCCAUGGCUAAUGCUGGGCCGGGAACCAACGGAUCUCAGUUCUUCAUCUGCACUGCCAAGACCGAGUGGCUCGACGGCAAGCACGUGGUGUUCGGCCAAGUCGUGGAGGGCAUGAAUGUGGUGAAGGACAUCGAGAAGGUCGGAUCUAGCUCUGGCAGGACCGCCAGGCCGGUGGUGAUUGCUGACUGCGGUCAACUCUCUUAGACUGCUGCGGCCUUGCUU